UCCUUCUUGAAACAUUUUGAUUUACGCAGUGGUUCCUCCAAAUCCGUCAAGAUUCGGGUCAAAAACAGAGAGCCCGUUCCCGUGUACCAGAUGGAGCACCCGGAGAUCGACGACGAUGGUCGCAUGUCUGGUACCGAGGAGCGGGUUUCGGACAUGGAACAGGAGGACAGUCUCGGGCUGAUGGGCGGACGAGACAGCCCGCUCAAGCCUGGCGGCGGCUUAACCGAAGGGGAAGACAUCCUGGCGAAGCUCCGCCAGCAGGUAUCGGCGGCGUCACUCUUCCCGACGAGGGAGGGCGGCAUGCUGGGCUCCUCCCCGCCCCCGCCAGGCUCACCCAACAAUAAUAACAGUAUUAAUAAUGGACACAACCUCUACGACCGCCUCCACACCCUCCUGCAGGCCAAGAUGAAGAGGGAGGAGGACGGGGAGGCGGAGGAGGACUCGCGGGACCUGGUGCUCCGGGCGGAGGCGCUGCAGAGGCAACGAGAGUCACUGUUGUCGUCGCCUCAGGCACUGAUGAAUGCCAUGAGAGGCGGUGGCCCGCCCUCGCUAGUGCCUCCAGGGCCGCACCUGCCGCCCUUCAUCCCCAGUACCGUCGGCCUGCCGCCCACUUCCCAGAUGCCGCCCACGCCAGGCUCAGCUGGCUCUCGGGACUCCUCAGGCAACGGCGCCCGCACGCCCUCACACACGCCCGAGCCGCACCAGAGUCAGCAGUCCUGGAGCUUCGAGGAGCAGUUCAAACAGUUCUAUAACCCUACUUCUAAACCAGUAUUUACCCAGGUCUUUCAUCAGUCUACGUCCAAGAAUAUCCACUAUAAUGUUGACUAG